GGGGCCGGGGAGCGGAUGGGCCCCGGGCGGGAGCAGCUGGGUGUGCUCAGAACUUUGCUUGGAACGAGGCUCUCCCUAGACUUCAGCCCUUCCUGCUGUCUGUGGGAGGCAGGGAGCCCCCAAAGCGGGUACUCAGCCCAGAGGGUCUGGGUGAGAGCAGGGGGCUCCCGAGACCGGCGUCUGCCUGCGGUGAACCGUGCCCGCAGCAGACCUGCGUCGUGCCCUCCUGAGCCCCCUGGACCGCGCCUUCGCCACCCCCAGUCCCCGGGCAGAGUGCCCGGAGUCUGCGACGAGCGACCUUGUCCGGAGCCUGCCCUGGUCUUGUCUGCCGUGGGGCCUCUUUCCUCACUCGUCUCCCUCAGCUGCUCCACGGAGCCUCCAGCGUCCCACGUGAGAGGCUGGAGCCUCUCCGCCUCUUGUGCGUCAGGGUGGAAGCGUCCAGGUUGGGCAUUCAGGAGCGCGGGGGGCUGGGGAGCAGACCUCCUGGGCCCUCCCAGGCAGGGCGUCCGCCCUGUGCUGCGUGCCCUGGGGGCCUGGCUCAGCCCUGUGGUGAGGGGGCCCCGGACACGCUGCUGGCGGGUGGAGCACUGCCCUCCCCUCCUGGGAGCCGCAGUUCAGACGAGACCCGGCCGGCCUCGGAAGUCCAAAGCCAAGCCCAACGGGAAGAAGCCCGCCGCCGAGGAGAAGAAGGUGUACCUGGAGCCAGAGUACGCCAAGUCCAGGAUCACAGACUUCGGGUUCAAGGAGCUGGUGGUGCUGCCCCGGGAGAUCGAUCUCAACGAGUGGCUGGCCAGCAACACCACGACGUUCUUCCACCACGUGAACCUGCAGUACAGCACCAUCUCGGAGUUCUGCACCGGGGAGGCGUGCCAGACCAUGGCCGUGUGCAACACACAGUACUACUGGUACGACGAGCGGGGCAAGAAGGUGAAGUGCACGGCCCCCCAGUACGUGGACUUCGUCAUGAGCUCCGUGCAGAAGCUGGUCACUGACGAGGACGUGUUCCCCACGAAAUACGGCCGCGAGUUCCCCAGCUCCUUCGAGGCCCUGGUGAAGAAGAUCUGCAAGUACCUGUUCCACGUGCUGGCGCACAUCUACUCGGCGCACUUCAAGGAGACCCUGGCGCUCGAGCUGCACGGACACUUGAACACGCUUUACGUGCACUUCAUCCUCUUCGCCCGCGAGUUCAACCUGCUCGACCCCAAAGAGACGGCGGUCAUGGACGACCUGACGGAGGCGCUGUGCGGCGGGGGCGGUGGGGACGGGCCGGGCGGGGCGGCGGGCGCACAGAACCACGUCAAGGAGAGGUGAGCCCGGCGGCGCCCGCACCGAGGGAGCGGCGGCGCGCCGCGCGCGUCCGUGUCUGUGCGCGCACGGAUUGUGCGCACCUUGGACUCCGCUCGUCCGUGGCAGACACUUCCGGGGCCGCCCGCCCGAGUCUCCCUCUAGGGUCUUCCGCGUCCGCCCCACCCCCGGCUGGGCCUUGGCCUCCGGGGAGACACGCAGCGGGGCGGGGGGGCCCUUCCCCGAGGCGGGGGCCGCAGGCUUCGCUUCCGCCGCCCUUGGUCUUGGCUCCGGUUGGAGUGGCUUUUAGAGACCCUAGCCUGGCUUUCUCCUCUCUCCGCCCGAUCUGGACUCACUCUGGCUCAGGGCCGGCUGGAGGGCCAGGGAGGCCGCGUGUCUGGAGCUCCGCGAGCUGCAGUGUCUCCCUCCACUGCCUUCACUGCCCAGGAGGGGCCCCGGGCCAGCAAGGGUCCGGGCUGCGGUGCCCGGGGGGGCGGCCUGUGUGGAGCCGCGGCCGGGGGUUGGGAGAGCCUGGCGUCCCUGUGCGGGUGUAAUAAAGAGACUUCUCUCAGGUCA